AGAGGGACACAGUAGACGUGUGGCUGCCUCCUGCCUGGCCUGGACCGACCCUGACACCACCCUGCCUCGGCCCCCAGCCCAAGUGUUCCUCCAUCUGGGGCCCAGGGCAUUGUCAGCAGCGGCCUGAUCCCCUCGCUGGUGUGGAAGCUGCAGAGGGAGGAUGAAAAGAUCCAGGCGCUCCUCCUAGACACACUGGCCGCCUGCCUGAUGGAGGACGCCACGGAGGCGCUGGCCAGCUGCGUGGUGCCCUUCCUGAAGGAGAAACUACUGAGCGCCAACAGCGACAUCCGCGCCAAAGCCGCCCGCACACUCAUCGCAGUCAGCAUCCCUCUGGAGGGCAAGAACCAGGUGUGGCAGCAUGAUGUCAUCCCCAUCCUGGCGCACCUGCUGAAAGACAAGGUGGACGAGGUGCAGGCCAACGCGGCCGGGGCCCUAACGUACGCCACAGUGACCACCAAAGGGAAGUACGCGGCCUUGGACGCAGAAGCCAUCCGUCCGCUGCUGGAGCUGCUGCACUUGUCCUCUAGCAAGGUGCGCCUGAACGCCAUCAAGGCCCUCACCAUGCUGGCUGAGGCCCCCGAGGGCCGCAAGCUCCUGCAGGCCCACGUGCCCACUUUCCGCGCCCUUGAGAAGGACGCCAGCGCAGCCGUGCGGCAGGCAGCCCAGAUCGCCAUCCAAGUCAUUGAGUGGAAGCCCUGAGCCUCCUAGCAGGCCAACUUGCUGACUCCAUGCCUGAAUAAACGCACUG